AUGUUCUUGGCUGAUGCUGAUGCUGAUGCUGUUGGUGUCGCCGCAGUGCUGUGGUUGAUCGUUUCGCGGUUGGCUCGCCUCAAAAGGACGAGGGGAAAGAAAGAGAGAGGUCGAGAGGGGGGUCGAUUUGCGGAUCGCUGUAAGAUUUUCACCGCAGAUGUGGGUACCGUGUAUACCAAGUAGCAUUCGAGACUUAGUCUGGCCAUCCCAAUGGUAUAUUUUCAUGCCGCCACACAGUAUGCUAGUACCGGGGGGGGGGGGGGGGGGUACUGUUGUAAGGGAGUUACGUGUCGUUCAUUUGUUUGUGUUUUGCGGCGUGCCACUGUCUUUGUUUCUCGUGGUCCUCGUUGUAUUAGGGAGAACAGGAACCGCCUUCUCUCCUCGACCAUUGGCCGAGCUUCAACCGCUACGGCACGUUCUUGCCUCAAGAUGUUGAAACAAGAUGUUGAAAUGAGGUAUUGCUGGGGGGGGGGGGCUUGCCCUGCCCCGCUUUUGCCUGUAAAACCGUCCCCCUCUCGGGGUGGCACUAAAGUGGCGAUUUGAAGUAGUGCUGGGCUGGAUGUGGCCGGCAAGGAUGAUGUUGGUCUUGAGGAUGGUGACCAUUCGGGCGUGCUUGGUUGUGGAACACGAGGGGCCAGCCGAUGAAAAGGCGUGCUUGGCACGGGCUGGAGGAGAGGGAGGACUGCUGGUUUGUGGAUGCGUGUUGCGCUAUUUAUUUCGUCCGUCAUGGAAGGCUCUGUCUCGGUGCGUUAUUCUCGUGGUUGGUUCUGGACCAAGGUGAUAUAACACCAAACAACCCACCCAAGCUAGAUGUUGUUGUUUGUGCUCAAUCAACAACAACGCGAGUUGGACGCGGCGUUGCAAGCGCCUGGUUGUAAGCUUUUCACGACCGCCGACCGUAUUUUUGUGUUUGUUUUGUGACUGGAUGAUCCGUGCUUUAUUUCCCUGAUUUUUCUUCCUUUGGCACUCUUUGGGUGAGACUUGCGUGGCAUGUCGCGUAGCAGACAGCGUAGUUUUCUCUGCGUCAUGCGGUGCGUUGAUGUUUCCUUUACGACUGCAGCCCCUGCUGCUAUGCAGGGGUUUCAGUUUCCGUUGCGACUGUGAGGGUUUAUCUAGAUUUGCUUGAACGUAGAACCGGGUUCAAUAAGGGGCGUGUUAUCCGUCUCGAGUUUGACUUGAAGUGGCGAGCACGUGUGUGGUAUGUUUUGGAGCUCCGUUACGGUAUUACCAUGUCUCAGCGGUAAGCAACCCUGAGUUAAAUGGAAAAUACCGGUUUCCCGGAGUAGGGGGUCGAUGUCGCAGACGCUGAUGCCGUGGAUGCAAGAGCGUCAUUGGAUUUGUAGUCUUGAAAAAGGCUAUGAUUUUGGAUGGAUUCCUUAGUUCGUACCGGGUGACUAGAAAGUGUUGUGUUUGCCUUGGUGAGCUUUACAGGUUUAACGUCGAGGAGUCGCGCCGCGUUCGUUACUCCCUGCCUGCCUUCUUUUUUUAUUUUUUAUUUUGUUAAUUACAUUGUUGUCGUCUGGAGCCAUAGUGUGGUUAUCGGGGAAAAUAUCUGUCAUGGAAGCCUGCCUGUUUCCCACCACUUUCUUGCCUGCCUGAUGUUUUGUGACUUGUUCGUGUGUUCUUCGCUCGGCCGGGCUACCGCUGUACAUGAAGCGCACACACGGUCUCCCAGAAGAAACCUUCCAGUCUCCAGAGCAGCUCUCAACGUUACCAGGGAAGGUCCAAGUCUUUUCUAAUGUGUGGGAAACUUUUAAGUUAAGGAUUAGAACCAGAGCGAUUGUCGUUGCAGUCGACAUAUAUUUCGUGUGUAGUAGUUAGUGGUUGGGGCUUUCUUCGUUGCCGGGAGGGUAAACAUUUACUAUUAGUGUUCCAGACGUAAUUAUUUGAAGUGUGUUGACGUGAGACUCUCGAGAGUGCGUUUUUUUUUUUUGCGUGGAAGUGUGCGCUAUUUUAUUCACCAAACGAAACCGU